UUAAAUUAUACCAUUCUAUUAUAUUCUCUCUUCCUCUCUUUUCAAUCACGGUUUUUUGGUUUGAUGAUGGCUAUGGUGACUGCAACGAGCUCUUCUCCGAGCUCACUCCAGCUUCGAUUGGCUUUCAAUGCCGCCAAUUGCAGGAGAUUCCCCUUCACUCUUCGUUUCCGAACCCUCAAUUUCAACCCUCGUCUUCGCCUUUUCUGUGUCGCCGAGACCGGAAACGGUUCUGACAAGGCCUCGUGGACCGGCUCCGACCUCAAAGGCGACGGCUUUUCCGGUUGGUCCGACUCUGAUGCCGCGGACCAGGCCGAUAAGAAGGAAUCAUUUGGAGGAGUUGUGGGAGUGGGAGUGGCUGGGGUCCUUCUUCUUACAGGGCUUACCUUCGCUGCAUUAUCUCUUAACAAACGAGUCGGUUCAAGACCAGAGCAACAAAUGAAGCCCCUCACUGCACACCAGGAGACACUUUUAUCUUCAGAUGACCGUAAUGAUGAAAUUACCGAACAAGUUAAUGCUAGCAUCAAGGUGGAACAGGGAAACGGUAACACAGAAGGUCAGGUUGAUAUAUCUAGGGAUUACCCAUCUCUCGAGUCUGAUAAUACUCUCAAUGACUAUAGUACUGUUGAUGAUUUGGAUAUAGGAUCGCAAUUGGUAGAGAAUACUAGAAACACCUCCAAUGGUAUUGAUGCUGAUGAUGCCACUAAGCCUAUAUCUGUUCUAGAAGAUUUAGAGCAAGAGUCAUCUUAUGAUGACAAGCUAGAUAUUCCCAGUGAAAAUGCAACACCACUUAACUUUUCUGAAUCUGAAAGUACUUUUGCUGCUAUUAAUACUUAUGAAUCUAUAGAUAGCAAACCUGUUGUAGAUUCAGCUGAAACCAUUAUUGAAGUUAAGGAGAACCAAUUCAAUGUUGAACCAGGAAACACACUUGAUGAUGAUGCUAAGUGGCUUCAUCUUAAUACUGAGCAGCAGGAUGAAAUAACCAACCCAAGUGGCAGUAGAGGUUCUUCUAUUUCGAAUAAAUCUGUUGCUGAUAAUGAGACUGAAACUGUAAGUGUUACAGUCAAUCCUGAGUCAAAUAGCAUUGUUUCAGUUCCUGAGUUUUCUCCUCGUGAUGAUCAAGAGAAUGCUCUAUCAACUUCAGCAAAAGAAAACAUCGAUCUGAAAAAAACACAAGACUCAGCUGAUGGAAAUAAGUCAUCCUUGGAAGAGAAGGGCAUUCCUGGAAAUGAUGUGCGUAGAAAUGAUAACGAUGAAGUCCAUGCUAGAUCCCUUUUCUCUGCUCCAGGUAUUCCUGCUCCAACAGUGGUUUCUGCAGCUUCACAAAUGCUUCCAGGAAAGGUUUUGGUUCCUGCAGCUGUUGAUCAGGUUCAGGGGCAAGCACUAGCUGCAUUGCAAGUUUUAAAGGUUAUUGAGCCUGAUGUUCAACCUAGUCACUUAUGCACACGUCGUGAAUAUGCUCGGUGGUUGGUGACUGCUAGCAGUGCUCUAUCAAGGAAUACAAUUUCGAAAGUGUAUCCUGCCAUGUACAUAGACAAUGUUACUGAGCUUGCAUUUGAUGAUAUCACCCCUGAAGACCCUGAUUUUUCUUCUAUUCAAGGUUUGGCAGAAGCUGGACUUAUUGAAAGCAAGCUUUCGAGACAUGAUAUACAGUUGUCUGCAGAUGAAGACGGUGGCCCAUUUUACUUCUCUCCUGAAAGCCCUUUAUCACGCCAAGAUCUUGUAAGUUGGAAAAUGGCCCUGGAGAAGAGACAGCUUCCUGAAGCUGACAGAAAGACACUGUACAAACUUUCCGGGUUUAUCGACACUGAAAAGAUACACCCUAACGCUUGUCCUGCACUAGUAGCUGACCUCUCUGCUGGUGAACAGGGUAUUAUAGCUCUUGCAUUUGGUUAUACACGAUUGUUUCAGCCAGAGAAACCAGUAACCAAUGCCCAAGCGGCUGUUGCCCUUGCUACCGGAGAUGCUUCUGACGUAGUCAGUGAAGAGCUUGCACGCAUUGAAGCAGAGUCUAUGGCUGAAAACGCUGUUGCUGCACAUAGUGCUUUGGUAGCUCAGGUUGAGAGGGAUAUCAAUGCAAAUUUUGAGCAGGAGCUUUUAAUAGAGAGGGAAAAGAUCAACAAUGUUGAAAAAAUGGCCGAGGAGGCAAAACUAGAGUUGGAAAGGCUAAGAGCCGAGAGAGAAAACGAAAAUAUUGCUUUGUUGAAGGAACGUGCUGCUAUUGAAUCAGAAAUGGAGGUCUUUUCAAGGUUAAGGCGUGAGGUUGAGGAUCAAUUACAAAGCCUUAUGAAUAACAAAGUUGAAAUAGCUUAUGAAAAAGAGAGGAUCAACAAGCUUCGAGAGGAAGCUGAAGUCGAAAACAAAGAGAUUGCCCGUUUACAGUAUGAGCUAGAGGUUGAAAGAAAAGCCUUGUCCAUGGCCAGGGCUUGGGCAGAGGAUGAGGCGAAACGAGUUAGAGAACAAGCAAAAGCUUUAGAGGAGGCUAGAGACCGUUGGGAGAGGCAUGGAAUCAAAGUUGUGGUCGACAAUGAUCUUCGUGAGGAAGCAUCUCCUGGAGUUACAUGGCUCAACGCUGGAGAACAGUUCUCCGUUCAAGGAACAGUCAACAGGGCUGGUAGCUUAUUGGACAAGCUCAAAAAAAUGGCAGCAGAUGUCAGAGGAAAAUCUAGAGAAACAAUUGAUAAGAUUAUCAACGUGAUUUCUAUAUUCAUAUCAAACUUGAGGGAAUGGGCAUGCAAAACUCGAAAACAGGCUGAAGAGUUAGGAGAAGCCACCAUAUCAAAGGCAGGUAAGUCAGCUCAAGAGCUGCAGCAAGGUGCUGUCGAAUUUGGAUAUGCUGUCAAAGAAGGUGCAAAGCGAGUUGCUGGUGAUUGUAGAGAAGGAGUUGAGAAACUCACUCAAAAGUUCAUCAAGACCUGACCCUUCCCUUCUUUGCAUCUCCAAAGUUUUCCAAGCAUAGAGUUACUUAUUGGGCAAGGUUGUAGUUUUCUUUGGUUUUUCUUUUUCCAAUGCUUCAUCAGAGAUGGUUUACCAGCUGCAGAUAAAAAUGCCUUCCAAAGAUCACAACAUAUUCAUGUGAAUCCAUGAUUGUAUAAGUGAGACUUGUAGGAAUUUUAGUUGAGAAAUAAUGGGUUGCAACUCAACAUUUUGCCUUCCGUGUUCAACAUGUGCAGUUCAUUCCACUUACAUGUGAAAAUAAAGGAGUUAAACCAAAGGCCAAAUUUUGACAUGUGCAUUGUUUUUGUUUUUCACUUUGGUUAACAAUUUCUUUGUACUUUUACUUC